AUGAACCGGUCUCUUCUCGGAACCAGUGCUGGUGAACUUGAUAAAACAACAAUACCAGAAUAUUUCAUUCUAGCGGGAGCUGGAGAAGGAAAAUCUCACACCGCACAAGAAUUGCCAAAAAUGCUAAUUGAAUGUGCUACGAAUAAUACUAGCUUACAAACUUGCCUUAAAGAUGUUCUUACAUUUAAUUUAUCAUUUGAAAAUGGAACCAGACUAUUUUGGGGAGAAGUAAUCAAAUGCUUUUUCAAUUAUUGUACAGAAUUACCAAACAUCACAAUCAAGAGUUCAACAGUCUGA